ACGAGUGCAUAAACGGUAUCGCUCAAGUCCCCGGGGAGGAGGGCCAAGUGUACAUCCGUCUUAAAGUCUUAGGGACACAGGACUGAGUGGUGAAGGCUGCUGUCAAAGGCGAAGGAGCUAAGGGAUGAACCUGGACGUUUAGAGUUUGGAGCAAACAGUCUUGUUAAAUUUGACAGAACAUUGAUAGGAUGAUGACGACCGGUCGAGUUUACGUCAUAUUUGCCAUUUUCCUGGCCAUCAUGGCAGUGAUGACGGGAUACCUCCAGUACUUUGGAUCCCCUGCUCUCUGCUGGUGCCCUAACCACUUCACCGGUGCCAUGGUGUUUUACGUGAACUCGGUCUGCUUUCUUACUGAUAGCUAUUAUAUCCCAGGAGACCCAUUCCCGGGGCCAUUACCCAUACAAUCCAUGACCAACCACUUCAAAUGGACACCAUUCGCCUUGCUCUUUUUGGCCUCCCUGUACGUCAUACCGGAAAUAAGUGUGACAAUUGGAUCGAGCCUUUUCGGGUCGAAGGUGGAUACCAUUCUGAAACUCUGUAAGCAAAGCAUCAGGGGAGACAAGGAAACGAGAGACGUUGCCAUCCAACAGUUGAUAAUCGAACUUGACUCUCGAUUUGUGAAAAAUGCAAACAGAUCAAAGUUCUGGCGAUGCAUAUCUUCCAUUAUACCCUCGCUUCCAGUUUACGCCCGAUUACAGGAAGUUGGUGGUAAAUUGAUGUACGUACUGGGAUCGCUAAUACCGCUAAUCUUCCUGUGCAAAAUAUUUCCCGAGAACUUCGACAUGAAUCACAACAUAGUCUCAGAAAAAAAUGAAACCUACUUCCCCAAGCUAAUAUUUUGCGAAGUUGAAAUAAGGCAGUUACAAAACAUCCAGCGUUACACGUUGCAGUGCCACCUACCAGCCAAUGACAUGUUCGAGAGAAUCAGUCUUCUGGUUGGCUUCUUGGCUCUCGUGAUAUCGUCUAUCAGCAGCGGUGACGUUAUCUGUUGUCUCGUCGCUCGUCUCUUUGGGCCGAGACACCCCAUGAAUGUGGAGAGACACCUGAAGGUGAUUCCAGAAUGCGACACAGAACUGUUCUCCGAAUUCACUGAGCAUUACCUGAGGGCGGACGGGAUAUACCUGUUCCAGCUGAUUGGUCAGAAUUCCACCGAAGCUGUUGUAAGUCAGAUUCUCUCCAGGCUCUGGGAAGACUUCAAAACCAAAUCUCUGCAAGAUAAACCUCCAUUGCCACCGCUCUAUGCACCUGACGACAAGGAUGUUCUGGUGCAUUAUGAACACUGCUAGGCUUUUGAACGGGUUUCGUUGUUGUUUACCGCAGUACAGUAAAUGACUUAAGCGAUUCGACCGGUACUGAGUUCUAAUGGGGUAUCAAAUGAGUAAUGCUUUGACAGUUUCCACACAAAAAGUCAACACAAAGGCAGGAAUGAAUUAAGGACUGCACGGCUUGGAGCCAAAUUACUUUAAGCUACAGAGGUAUCUCGGACAAAUAGGACAAACCAAAUAGUCUACAUUUAUAUAUUUUGUUCACUUUACUUGACACGUGCUCUUCUAAGAAUCCAAAUUUAA